AUGUCUUACUCACAAGCAUCUCAAUCCCACUACUCCUUCUGCGCUGAUUCAGAUCUAGGUCUAAAUACCGACCUUCUUUAUUCAGAUGAUAUCUCUGAGCUUAUUAGCAGCCAAACUCCAUUGACAUCUACGUCUCAAAUUUCAUCUCCGAUUGCACCCCUCUCGCUUACGCGUGUUGGCCUCCCUCUUCAGCAGUAUUGGGUCCUCUAUUCCUCUGAGCCUAGUAGCGAGAUGGAAGAAUCUCGUAAGCGCUUUAUAAGUUGGUGGUUAACUACAGAGUCUGGAUCAACACCUGAUAUACAAGACUCUAUCCGUUGGGAUGGGAAAAAGACUUCAAGUGUCUGGGACAAUUUCAAUCAGGUUGCACAUGAGAAGACUGGCAAGCCAAAGGAUGAGCUCUCAAAGCCUGAAGAUGAUGAGAUCGCGAGGUAUCUUGCCCGCGGGAUUGAGAUUCAGAAGCUAAGAGCAUUCUGGAAAGACCAUGAGCUUGAGUUUCCUAUCCUUGCGAGGAUAGCACGGGAUAUUCUCUCGAUCCCAGCUAGUGGUGCAGGCGUUGAGCGAUUAUUCAAUUGCGCUCGCGAUAUCUGCCACUAUCGUCGCGGUCAAUUGAAACCAAGUACCAUCCGAGGAUUAAUGCUCCAUCAAUUCGCCACUAAUUUUGACGUUGAGCAGAAGGAGAUAGAGGUUAUUAAGGAGUAUCUCUCUAUUGGGGAAGCUGCGUUAUUAGACCAAGCUCGGAAACCAAUGCUCCAUCUUGAAACUCUUGAGCCAAUUAGUGACAACGAAGAGGAGGAUCAAGAGCCUAGCAUACAGGACACACAACAGAAGAGGAGCUGCAAUGAUGAUUCAGAUGAUGAGAGGAAUAAUGAUCAAAGUAAGCAAGUGCAGCGUAAGCGAUCAAAGAAACGAUUAUCUGAAUCUCUUGAUGAAGAUGACGAUGACCUUCCAGAAAUGCCAAUAGAUGAGAGCAUGCUGGGACGGUCAGGACGAAUUCGAAAGCAGCCUAGGUUACCUGAUGGAUUUCAGAUUGAUUUAAGGUAG